AUGUUGCUUCAGUAUGAAGAUCAAGCUGAAUUUGAUACUGCUUAUCGCCUUAACCUCUGUGCUGAGUUUGAAGAUGCACUCAAGUUUGGCAAUUUUGUAGAAACACUCACAAGGGUUGCUGGCUAUCAUCAGGUACAGCAUCCCGAUUGCGAGUUAUCGACAAAUGCCACUUCUGACUCUGAGAAUGAAGAUGAUAUGGGUGAAUCCGACAUACGUGAAAAUAUCUUGAAUCAACAUCACAUUGUUGAAUCGGGAUCCGAAAAGGAGAUGAAUCCGCUGAUUAAGUUGACUGAAGGACAGCCUUUUCGGCAAACCCGCCUGGUCGUACCACUAGGGGUCGCAUUCGAUACCUUAUUCGCAACGUCACUCUUCAAACUGUGGUUGGUGCCCGUGGUGCUGCUCAAUAUG